AACACACACAAGAUACACACCAUACACACCCUUUCAAUUUCUUUUUAGAGUAGAAUGUUUUUGACAUUUUCCGGUGUGCAAAAAAUAAAAAUCAAUUUUAUUAAAACAAUGCAAAUAACCGAAUCAAUUAAUUAAAAAUUUUGUUGUGAAUCCGUAAUUAAUCAUAUUGUGCAAAUCCUACAACGAUUAUUUACCGUUGACAGUGAACUUGAGCUGUAGAAAUUCUUAUUUGAAAGAUCAUCUGUGUGUAAUAAAAAAGUUGCAGUCGAAAAAAGUAACACCAGACAACCGUUUCUUGAUUUCAUUCCAAUCGUUUUUGAUUUUAUUCCAACCGUUUUGAUUCAAUGUGUUAUGUUUUGAACUGGAAAACCCACAAUAAAGAAAUCGCUUUGCCAAACGUCAACAGAAAAUAUUUGCAAUCGUUGUCGUCGAAAAUUGAGCUCUAGCAAAAUAGCAAGACGUUCAAUUUGAUCGACAUUCGGAAACGGGCUACACAAAAAUAAGGAGAGAAAAAGAAACGUUCUGAACUGCCACAGAUAUUUUGAAUUCAUUUUGGAUAAAAUGUUCUAAGUGACCCCUGGAACACGUCUGGUACAUCUGAAACAUCUAAAAAGGCGUCAAGAUCGAAGCUAAAAGAUUAGCUCAAAAUGGUGAUUGGGGACAACGAACUGAUGGCGCCGCCACAACAAAUGGCGCAGCCUGCGUCUAUCGAUAACAUUAUGAGCGGAAUCAGCAACACCGGCACCGUCAAAAUGAAUAAUCACAGAAAGAAACUGAGGCAAAGAUUUGACAUAAUCAAAAAGUUAGGCCAAGGCACUUACGGCAAAGUUCAAUUGGGCAUCAAUAAAGAAACUAGUCAAGAGGUAGCAAUUAAGACAAUAAAAAAAUGUAAAAUAGAAACAGACGCUGAUCUCAUACGAAUAAGAAGAGAAGUGCAAAUCAUGAGUUCGGUGCAGCAUCCAAACAUUAUUCACAUUUACGAAGUGUUUGAGAAUCGAGAAAAAAUGGUUUUGGUGAUGGAAUUUGCAGCUGGUGGUGAGCUGUACGAUUAUUUGUCGGAGCGCAAAGUAUUGGCUGAGGAUGAAGCCAGGCGAGUUUUUCGACAGAUUUCAACAGCAGUCUACUAUUGCCAUAAGCAUAAAAUAUGCCAUCGAGAUCUCAAACUGGAGAAUAUUUUACUGGAUGAACAUGGGAAUGCGAAGAUUGCCGACUUUGGUUUGUCAAACGUGUUCGACGACCAACGAUUGUUGGCGACAUUCUGCGGCAGCCCUCUGUACGCAUCUCCCGAAAUCGUGAAAGGAACGCCAUAUCAAGGUCCGGAGGUGGAUUGUUGGUCGCUCGGCGUUCUGUUGUACACAUUAGUUUACGGUGCAAUGCCAUUCGAUGGAUCGAAUUUCAAACGUUUAGUUAAACAGAUUAGUGCCGGUGAUUAUUACGAACCGAAAAAUCCGUCGCCUGCUUCGCCUUUAAUCAAAGAAAUGCUGACGGUUUGUCCACAGCGUCGUGCCACGAUAGAGCAAAUCUGCAAUCAUUGGUGGGUGAACACCGGCUACACCGAAUCAUGUUUAGACUUAGCUGAAGAACUAGCAAAUCAAACUCCCGUUCGAUUGGAUGUGCUCCUUUCGCUGACACCGUCAGCUGUUACAUCCGAUCAACUGGUUGUACCGGGACCGAUUGAAGAGACCAAAUCUAGUGAUCGUGUAGCCCGAAGCCAUUCAGUAGGUUCGAUUCGCGAAAUGGGAAGUACUGAAGCUGAACGACGAAUCCUUGAUAUGGUUGCUGCUGGCGGUGAAGCUGCUCUGGCUCCAUCACCCACACGGACAAUCACUUCAACCGAACCGAGUCCAGCGCAUCCGAAACGUAAAUUGGAAACGACAGUAUCGACUGAAAAUGCUGUCGAAAAGAAACGAGAGAAGCCGUUAGAUCAGCUGAAACUGGAUCCAUCCAAAAUGUCGAUCAACGAGGAAAUUGAAUUGGGUGCCGACUCAGCUCAUCCCGAAUCGGUUGAAAUUGCAGCUAAUUCGUUAGCAUUAUCUGCUCCAACGGAAGCUGUGAGUGAUCCCAUUGCUGCUAGUGUGCCGCAUACACCAGGCGAAUUGAAAGACUUAAAUAAAAUUGAAGAAAUGUGUGAUGAAUUAUGCAAUGAAUCAGUUAAAGAGCCUAGUCCCGAAAAGAAAAAGAUAAUCAAAAAGAAAGUCAUCACCAAAACGUCAGCAGUGCCGUCCGAUAAGCCAUCUGCCGAAACAUCCGCAAAGAAAUCGUCACCAACAAAAAUUACAAAAAAGGUUGUGAAUAAAACGAAAACUACAGACUUAGUGCCAGAAAGCGAACCAGUUGUUCAAGCGGAACGUAAAAAUAGUUUACCCGACGAGGACAAACCAUCGACUGAACGUAGACGCUCAAAGAUAUUUGAAACGGCAGAGAAAUUUCAAAAUGCUAAUCAAACGAAUUGUGAUAAGCUGAAAAAGAUAGUUAUACCCGGCGUGAGCGUCGGUAGUUUCAAAAAAGAAUUCGAACGGAAGGCUUCGCUAACGUCAACCAAUUUACCAACACCGACUGGCGAACGAAAAUUGUCGCUGGAGAAGCAAGGAAGUGACAGCUCUGGUGGACAGCCCACUCCCACCGAAAGUCGAAAGAGUAGUAUUGGAGAUAGCGAGAGUGUGAUAACGCCCACAGAGGAGAAGCCGACCUACAUUCAACAAGUGAAAUCAAUGACCGAUGAUACGGCUGCCAGCAAUGAUUCGAAAAGUUCAUUAACCAGUUUCUCGUUGGAAGAGGCCAGACGGUCGAUGGAAAAUUCGAUAGCCUUGCUGAAUCAAGCAAAAACCGAGUCCAACAACGAAUUGGACCAAUUGUGUGACAAAACAAAGAAUUUCGCUGUGUCCGACGAUAACAUCAAGGAUCGUCAAGAAAAACUGAAAAGUGCAAGGGAGAUAAUCGGAAAUGCCAUUCCUGUCGGUCGAAUGUGUAUGGGCGUACGGAAACCACCAGUUCCGUUUGGCUUAAACGGACGAUCGGUUUCUGGGAGUGUUGUGCCAUCGUCAACGUCUGCAUCGAAACCGGAACGGCGAUCGGUUCGUUUGCAAAUGGGUUCGGAUCCAACGGACAUUCGAACAGCUACCAUAUCAGUGUCGAGUCCCGAACAACGGAGCUACGAUCAGGAACCGUUCGCAAAUCUGUCUUCCAAACCCGUCGCAGUUGGAACACUUACGGAAACACCAGAAAAUAACACAACGAAAACAUCUAGAGCUGAAAUCGUACUGAAAUCAGCUACUCUGCCACGGAGAAAGACCGCCAAAACGGAAAUUCAACUAGACACAACACCAAAGAAUCAACCACUUCCGAUGCGCUUUCAAACUGAAAUGCAACAUAUUAUACCAGAUCUGCGGUCUGCACCUAUCCACGAACAUUCAACUCCAUACAUCCCAGUAUCGCUACAGGAUCGUGCAACAAGUCUGGAGCCGCAGCAGGAACUAAUUAUUCCUAUUCAGCGGCCAGGAUUCGUUAGUAAACAAUCAUCGGGGAAUACGUUCAGAUCCGGCUCUCUAUCGCGUCAAUCGACGAAUGAUUCGGACACUGAUAUCACAUCACAAACGCAAUCAGUUGCGUCAAGCAACGCCCAGCCGAUUAAAAAGAGUCCGAGAGAAUUCAUUAUACCAAUUGCUGUUGAAGGUGGUGGAUUUGUGACGCCAAGAGCUGGCAGUUUAGAGCCAUCCGAAUCGACCAACAGUUCAUUCAAUCAUAUUGGUCGUCCCAGAAAGAUCAGCUCCAUAUUAAGUGAACGUGAUUCAGAAGAUGAAUCGCCCUUCCACAAAUUGCAUCGUCAUACAUCGAUCGGACGGGAAAGUGAGAAUGACGAUCCGCCUCGUUUUGCCAUGCACCGAUUGCGCACGACGCGUCCGUUAAAGAAAAUGACCCAGAAUCCAAAUGAUUCGGGAAGUUCCGGCGAAGAUGAUGAUGAAGAUGGCUUUGAAAUUCUCACGGCUGAAAACUUAUUUUCCACCUUGCUGUCGAGAGUUCGAGCUUUGACCAAUCGGCUGAAUGUCAAUAAUGAACCGGUAUCGAACUUUCCGUCGUCGAGAUUCAUGAGCAAUUUACGUCAAACACAUAGCCCAUUCUGGAAUCAUGAUCCGUUCGGCAGUAAACAUUUUAGUUAUUCGUAUCGAAGUGAGUCGAUCCUUGAAACAAAGGAAACUCGCCUAAAUAAUGGAUCCGGAGCUUGGCGACACAGCAUGUCCAGAGACUUAACAUCGGACAUCGAUUCAAUGUUCUCACGGACGGGAGCGACGCUACCACGAGGUAUUCAACCCAAUAAACCCAAAACUAACACUUCAUCAACAAAUAACCUAAUCGAAUCCGAACAAAAACCGGAAACAUUAGACUUGGCAGAUUUGGACCUAUCACGAUUACGUUUAACCAAAAAAGAUUUAGAAACUUUAUCGAGUAUAACACCCGAUCUACCGAAACAUUUUCAGGAUCAACUACUCGCCCAACUACCACCGAAUCAAGCAAGAAAACUGUCCCGGACAUUGUCAAUGCAAAAUAAUUCACAAACAGUUCCUGUUAAAGUUUACAAACGUAGCCUAAGCGGCGGCCGUGAAGAUGUGGCCCUCACAAGUGAUUCAUCAAAACUUCUUUCGGUGACGAAAGCAACCCAUCCCGUGCUAUCUACCUAUUCGAGAUCUGUAGAAAGAGACACAACAACGUCCACCGAUGACACUAUCAACCGAAAUUCCUUAUAUCGUCGAAGUUUCAGUGGUAGCAAGGAUUCUCGUAGCUCGUCCAGCCGUUGCGCGAACUUGGACGAAUGUAACAAUCAUUCACCUCGAUCAUCACAUUCGAGCGAAAUUAGCGAUAAAUAUAAAACAUACCAUUCGAACUCAUCGGACACUAGCUCUAAUUUAUUACUUAAUCGUCGGCGGUACGAGAAAGAUGGUUCCGUCUAUCAAUCCAAACAUUAUGACACUUUACCACCCCGGCGAUCGAUAACCAGUCCGUCCAAGGAAUAUCAUACACGUCCACCAAGCGGUUGUCUUUCACCGCCACCACCACCCUCAUCAUCACAACCAUGUGAUUCACCCGUUCGGCGUAGACCAUCACAGCGCCGUAUAUCCCGAUUUUUGCGACCGGACUUUUUCGAUGUACCGCAAGAAGAAAGCUGCUACGUAAAAGAUCGUAAGGAGCGUGAUCUGGAAACGCAAAACAUUUUGAAGAAAAUACGAGAACGUAGUCGAGAGCGCAGUUUAGAUCGGCGUGAAAAAAGUGCCGAACCGUUCUGUGAACGAUCUUACUAUUCGAACAUCGAUCCCAUCACAAUGAAAGAUCGUAGAAAAAGUUCUAUACCGAAUUUACGCGCAACAUCUGUGGAACCAUCAUCAGCCGGAGCAUAUCAUAUGCGAACGAAAAGUGAAAAUAAAUGUUGCGACUUAGGGGCAGAUAACAUAUACCGCCAUCGCCGCAGCCUUUCCAAACCAAAUGAAAAUUAUAAUAUUCCAACGAGAAACCAGCACAACAACAAUAAUCCGUCGAACAGUUCGUUUGCCGAUCGCAUACUAAGCGAAUUGCAAAACAUAUCGAUCAAACAGAUAAUGGUCUGCAAUGAUGAUAGCUAUGCCGAGAAUUGUAAAAAUCAAAUUGCAAAAGAAAUUGCGUUAAAAAAGGCCGACGUUAAAGAUAUUCCAAGUGUAACACACGCUCAAGCGCUUGAAAGUACCGACAAAUCUAAAAAGGUGUCGAAAUUGGCGCGGCCCAAAUCUUACCCCAGCAAGGAGCAGGAACUUGGAAAAGUUGCCGCCGACAAAACACAAGCACAUGCCCUUGAAAAGAUCCACGAAUCGACAGCAAAUGAACAAACAAUUCUGCGUCCGAAAAGUUAUCCGACUGCUAAAAUUGCUUCGACAAAAGAAAUAAAAUGUUCCAAGAAUGGUCUUCCAGCGGCCGAAGAAGACAAUACAUCGAAUGAUCCGGGUGCUUCUCGGAAAAGUCAAACGCUUAAAAGUGGAGCAACGAAUGAACAAGCAUCGAAAAAAACAAAAAUCUUCAAGAAAAAUGGCACUGCGGAUGCAAAGCUUGUUCAAUUGUCCGAUGAAAACGAGGACAAUGUACAAUCGAAGGCUCCGGAAAAGAAACAAAAAACCGGAUUCCUGUAUUGCAUUGGUCAGAAGUUUGAAAAACUUCGGGAAAAUAGUAAAAACAAAGUUCUGCGCAAAUCGAAUAAUAAACUAGGAACCGAAGGAACUGUACUUGGUACCGAACUAAAUUCAAUGGACGACGCUUCGACACAUAACAAUAAACAUUCGGAUGCGAAUACAACUGAUGAGAAGUCCAGCAGCGAACGAAAAUCGCGCAUAGACGCUAUGAUACGUAAUCUGCGAGAGAGGUCGGUAACUAGAGGACCAGUGUUGACCGAAUCAGGGCUGAUCAAACGAGCUGUUAGUGUUGAAGAUCUGAGUGAUACGUUCAAUAAGUGCAGCGUAAACAAAGUACUCGGUUUGUUCAAAAAGUUUGAAAGUUCUAAUGUCCAGAACACCAAGUCGAGCAGCAUUGUCGAUUCGAUUAUGCGCAACGAAAAAGAGCGUCCAAAAUCCAGCGAGUAUAUCAGCAAGCAAAAUAAUGGUCGAAAAUACAGUGGUGCGAAAAGCGACACCAUUGUAACGUUAACAGAUCUUGCCGCAUCGUCCCCUCCUCCAAUAGGCUUAGAUAGAAUGAACGGUAACAUGUCCAAAAUUCCAGUUAAACUAUCCAACUGCCGCGAUUUUAAUGAAGAUGCGGAUCCGACAAUCGUAACAAAAAGGCAUUCCAGCAACGGUCCCAAGCAAACAGCAGAAGAUAAAGAACGAAUGAGACAGAAUCGUAAAGGCUUAGUUUUAGAUUUUAAUAAAAUUGAAAAUGGAGACGCUAAGCACGCUUUGACAACGUGUAAGAACAACAAUAACAUUAACCACGGAAUCAAAAGCAGCAACAACAACAACAACAAUGACAGUCAAACACCGCUACAUCCCAACGGAGUUCUAUCCCCAUCCUAUGACAGUCUUACAAAUUAUUCAUCAGAUUCAAGAAGUAUUCACGAUGAUUGCGCAUCAACCAGUACAUUUCUUUCACCGACCGACGAGCCGGAAUUGUAUUUCGAUGAUUGGUCCAUAUGUUCAGAAGAUAACAACUUCACUGGCACAACACCGUCACCAUCAUUGUCACGAUUAUCCCGCAACUCGCAAUCGUCAUUGCUGGGCGACGCAAACAACAGUUCUGAAAGUGUUAUUGAUCGAAUCAAGCGACGGAGCUUCUACUGCCGCUUCAAUGAGAAUAAAACAAAACGUCAGAGCAAUAUCGUUGGACCGGCUGCUCGCGAAUACUAUCGUGAAGCGGCUGCAAAACUCAAAUCUCGACCACCAGAUCGUGUCAGCCCCACGGUUACGGAACCACACGAAUAUUAUCGUCAAUUGAAACAGAAACAAAAUAGUGAACACAAAGCCAGUCACAGGCACAGUGACUAUCUAUUGCCAAAGUCAAAUCUCAACCUCAAUCUUCCAUUGCCAACCAGCUCCAGUUCGAGGCGAAUAUCAACAACAGACAAUGAUUACAAAUACGGACACAAUUACCUACAAAAUGGCAGAAGUUCGGUGUAUGAGCCCAGCAGUUUAUAUGCGACGACGUACCAUUCGAAAAUAAAACCAUCGUCGUACACAACGAAUGGAGCCUCAUGUCUGGACAGUUAUGCCACGAUGGGCCGAAAGCCUAGAGCCUAUGAUCACCGAAGCAAAUCUCUGAUGGACUCGUCAAUCAUUAGCAGUGCAAAUAAUUCGAUUUAUAGGAGAGACCAUCGAGGAACUGUGGAUUAUGGGACUCUUACGAGACCCAGCAUUCGCUACAGAACAUCAUCAAUAUCACGAAGUCCAACCAAUUUGUAAUUGUUUAAUCACCAUUUAACGCCAUAAAAGUCUAGUUCUAAAAUUGAAAAAAAAAAUUAUAGAGUUUCACAAUAAAAUCGUUAAACUCAAAGAAAGAAUUAAAAAAGAAAAAAAAAACGAAAGGGAAACUCAUGUAAACGUACGCCAAUACAGUGUGCCCACAAUGUGAAAGUAAAUAUUGUUUUCAAUCUUUACUAAAUAUUAAGAGCAAUGGACCUUUUGCAAAUUUGUUGCCUACAUUUA